UUGGAAUACAACAAAAAGCGACUUGACUCUGCGAAAAUGUCUCGCAAGGGUUUGACUUUGCGAUUUAUUUAAGUUGUUCCAGCAGCAACUAAACCUCUAAGGCAUGUGGCUGCUGCUGCUGCUCUGCAGCUUGCUGGCUCUGCUUUGCAGCCUGGACGUGUUUUACUUCCUGCGUGCGGCCGCCGUGCUGCUGCGGGCGUGGCUGCAACCUCCCGUGUGGGACGUGACGGCGGAGCAGGUGGUGAGCGGCUACGUCUCCCCCCGCGACAUGGACAUGUGUCACAUGAACAACGCCCGCUACCUGCGCGAGUGCGACUUUGCUCGCUUCUCGCUGUACGCGCGCAACGGCGUCUUCAAGGCGCUGCGGGCGCUGAAGGCCUCCAUGGUGGUGGGCGCCACCACCAUUCGCUACCGCAGGGCUCUGUGCGUGGGCGAGGGCUACGAGCUGAAGAGUCGCGUGGUCACCUGGGACGACAAAGCCUUUUUCCUGGAGCAGAGGUUCGUGUCCCGCAGAGACGGGCUGGUGUGUGCCGUCAUGUACUGCAAGCAGAGUGUGCUGCGCAGCAGCCCUGACAGGAUCAUGCAGCAUCUCUGUGGAACGUCCAGAGUUCCCAGAUGACCUCCAGCAUUGGGUCAACUUCAUCUCAGCCAGCAGUCAGACGCUGAGAGCAGAGUGUGGCCUGCAGGACAAAGACAAAUGAAUCAACAUCAACGUUAGGACAAUAAGAGUCUGGAUUUAUGAGCCAAGAAGUUCAAGUUGUGCCUUUUUUCUGCGUCUCAGUGCUGGGAUGAACACAUUUGUUACUCACUAAUCAUUAGGGGGCUUAUUUUCAUGGGAUUUAAAGUUGGCUAUGAUAUGCUGUGAUCAGUGUUAUCAUGUUUGUUUACGCAUUCAAACAUAUACCGUAUUUUCCGCACCAUUAGCCGCACCUACAAACCACAAAUUUACUCAAAAGCUGACAGUGCGGCUUUUAACCCGGUGCGCUUUAUAUAUGGAUUAAUAUUAAGAUUCAUUUUUAUAAAGUUUCAGUCUCGUAACUACGGUAAACAGCCGCCAUCUUUUUUCCCGGUAGAACAGGAAGCGCUUCUUCUUCUACGCAAGCAACCGCCAAGGUAAGCACCCGCCCCCAUAGAACAGGAAGUGCUUCUUCUUCUACUGUAAGCAACCACCCGCCCGCGUAGAAGAAGAAAAAGCGCGCGGAUAUU